AUGGCCGAGCUCAACUCGCUGCCCAAGGCGCCGCUCCUUUCGCAGGGCAACAAGGAUGUGCUCUCCGGCACCGUCGGAGGCAUCGCACAGGUGCUCGUCGGCCAGCCGCUCGACAUCCUCAAGGUGCGUCUGCAGACCUCGCCGCCAGGCACCUACACCGGCAUGCUCGACUGCGCCACCCGCAUCGUGCGCAACGAAGGUCCCCUCGCCUUCUACAAGGGCACGCUCACCCCGCUCCUCGGCGUCGGCGCCUGCGUCAGCAUCCAGUUCGGCGUGGUCGAGGCGCUCAAGCGUCACUUUUCCAGCUCCAAUCUCGCCGCAGGUCGCGCCGCCGAUCUGAGCUACUCGCAGUUCUACCUCGCCGGCGGCGUCGCAGGCCUCGCAAACAGCUUCGUCGCCGGUCCCGUAGAGCACGUUCGCAUCCGACUCCAGACGCAGCCCUCGCCCCCGCUCUAUCGCGGUCCGCUCGACUGCAUCCGCCAGAUCACGGCACAGAGCGGCCUCCUCCACGGCGUCUUCCGCGGUCAGAUGCCCACCUUUGCGCGCGAAUUCCACGGCAUGGGCAUGUACUUUCUCACCUACGAGGCGCUCGUCCAGCGCAAGCUCGCAAACGACCGCAUCGCACGAGACGAGCUUCCAGGCACCUACGCCAUGUUUGCAGGCGCCAUGGCCGGCUACGGCCUCUGGCUCACCGCCUACCCGGCCGACAUCAUCAAGUCCAAGCUGCAGACCGACGCGCUCAACCCGGCCAACCGCAAGUACACUGGCACAAUCGACUGCAUCCGCCAGACGUUCCGAGCCGACGGCCUCAAGGGCUUCUUCCGCGGUCUGCUCCCCACGCUCGUCCGAAGCCCCUUUGCCAACGCUGCCACCUUUGUCGCCUUCGAAUGGGCCGCCCGCAACCUUCGCAAUCUCUAG